AUUUUAUUUUCAACAGAGGAGAUAUCCCUCCAGAUGUAUGGAAAGCCAAUUUGAACCAACCAGAACAGCACGGUAGUAUGGCAGUUGCUUAACAAUUACACAGACUAACCAUUGCCAAAUGUUUGUUUUUAUUAUAAUUAUUUUUUAUACAUUUUCUCUUGAAGAAAGGGGAGUAACGCCCUCAUGGAGUUCAAAAAAAUGAGUGAUCAAGUUUUAAUUGGGAAAUGCAAUGAUGCCAUUAAUCACUAUCUAUGGCUCCAAGUCCUCUCAUUAGAAAAAUCUCACGCCCCUUUUACUUUGUUUCUUCCCUCUAUCCCCCAAAGAUCACACACCUAGAUUUUGCAACGGUUAAAGCAUUUGAGUUUCCCGCCACCCCAUUCAAUUUUCCCAAGCCCUUCUCCUCAUAUGAUAAUGCAACCAUCUUUCACACAUCCAAUUUCAAUUCCUUUUACGCUAAUUUACUCGACAGUUCGACCCGAAAUGCCCACUUAACCCAAAUCCAUGCUAAGUUACUCCUUCUUGGUAUCCAUCAUAACGGUUUUUUAAUCACAAAACUCAUAAACUCGGCUGUGAACCUCGGAGAAAUCAGCUAUGCACGUAAAGUGUUCGACGAAUUUCCUGACCCAGAUGUCUUUUUAUGGAAUGCAAUCAUUAGAGGAUAUUCUAAGUAUAACAUGUUUGCCAAUGCUAUUGAAAUGUAUUCAAGAAUGCAAGUUUUAUGGGUUAGUCCUGAUGGUUAUACUCUCCCUCAUGUUCUUAAAGCUUGUGGUGGGUUACCAGGUUUUGAUAUGGGGCGGCGUGUUCAUGGGCAGAUAUUCAGGCUUGGGUUUGAAAAAGAUGUAUUUGUGCAAAAUGGGAUUGUUGCAUUUUAUGCGAAAUGUGGGAAAAUUGAGAGUGCUAAGGUUGUUUUUGAUGGGUUAGAGCUUAGGAAUGUUGUUUCUUGGACUUCAAUGAUUUCGGGGUAUGCUCAGAAUGGACAGCCUAUGGAGGCUUUAAGGGUUUUUGAUGAAAUGAGGAAAAUGGGUGUAAUGCCAGAUUGGGUUGCUCUUGUGAGUGUUAUUAGGGCGCAUACAGAUGUAGAGGAUUUGGAACAUGGGAAAUCUAUUCAUGGUUGUGUGAUUAAGAUGGGGCUUGAAUUGGAGCCUGACUUGCUCAUUGCGUUGACUGCAAUGUAUGCAAAAUGUGGGCAAGUAAUGGUUGCCAGGUCCUUUUUUGAUCAAAUGAAGGUUCCUAAUUUGAUUUUGUGGAAUGCCAUGAUCUCUGGUUAUGCAAAGAAUGGCUAUGCUGAGGAAGCUGUAGAGCUUUUCCGCAAGAUGAUUUCCAACAAUAUCAGAACAGAUUCAAUAACUGCUAGGUGUGCUGUUGUAGCUUGUUCACAAGUUGGUUCUCUUGGGUUGGCUGGAUGGAUGGACAAUUAUAUCAGUAAAAGUGAGCAUCGAGACGAUAUUUUUGUCUACUCAGCUCUUAUUGAUAUGUUUGCAAAAUGUGGAAGUGUUGAUAUGGCCCGUAUGGUCUUUGAUAGAACACUUGAGAAAGAUGUUGUCGUGUGGAGUGCUAUGAUUGUGGGCUAUGGAUUGCAUGGUAGGGGGCGAGAAGCCUUGGACCUUUACCAAUUAAUGAAGCAAGCUGGUGUCUGCCCUAAUGAUGUCACUUUUCUUGGACUUCUCACAGCUUGCAACCAUUCAGGUUUUGUAGGGGAUGGAUGGCGACUUUUCCACAGUAUGAAAGACUAUGGCAUUGAGCCCCGCCACCAGCAUUAUGCUUGUGUGGUUGAUCUUCUUGGACGUGGUGGCUAUCUAGAUCAAGCUUAUGAUUUCAUUAUGAACAUGCCAAUAGAACCAGGUGUAUCUGUGUGGGGAGCACUUUUAAGUGCUUGCAAGAUUUAUCGCCAUGUGACACUUGGAGAGUAUGCUGCAGAACAGCUUUUCUCACUAGAAUCUUAUAAUACAGGGCAUUAUGUGCAGCUCUCCAAUCUCUAUGCUUCUGCCAGAAUGUGGGAUCGUGUAGCAAAGGUACGAGUUAUGAUGAAGGAGAAGGGACUAAGCAAGGACCUGGGAUAUAGUUUGAUUGAGAUCAAUGGGAAACUUCAAGCAUUUCGUGUAGGUGACAAGUCACAUCCACAAUCUAAGGAGAUUUAUGAAGAACUUGAGUCAUUAGAGAGAAGGUUAAAGCAAGCUGGAUUUAUUCCACAUACAGAUUCUUCCUUGCAUGAUUUGAAUUAUGAAGAGAUGGAGGAAACCCUUUGUAAUCAUAGUGAAAGAUUAGCAAUUGCCUUUGGGCUAAUAAGUACUGCACCAGGAACUACACUUAGGAUAACGAAGAAUCUCCGGGCAUGUAUUAAUUGUCAUUCAGCCACCAAGCUUAUCUCGAAGCUUGUUAACCGGGAGAUAGUUGUUAGGGAUGCAAACCGUUUUCAUCAUUUUAAAGAUGGAGUUUGUUCUUGUGGAGAUUAUUGGUAAGAGGCACAAGCUGUUUACAUUUAGCAUGAGCAUUCUGGUGUUCAGCUCAUCUAUAUGAAGGCAGUUUAUAAUCGUUUUAUGAAAUUUAGCUUUGUAUCUGAUAUGAAAUCGAGAAAUCAGGUUACUUGCACAAAUUCUUUUUGGUCUGAUGACUGUGGUACAAAACGAAGGCAAUCCUCCUCUUCCUUGAAUUUCUUAUGAGCAUCUUCGAGGAGAUCAGGAUGCACAAAUAUUCCUAACAAGAUUUGAGUGGUCAGUUCACUUCCUACCGCAUCAUAUGCCAGAUUUCAUUUUCCAAUGAAAGGAAGGAAGGAUGCCUUUGCAUGUUGCAGCCAGCAGGCAAGUGAUAAUAUAAAAACUGUAAAUUAGUACUUUUAACCUGAAUCGUGAGUAGGUUUGUUUGAUUUAACUAGUGUCUAUAGUCUUUUGUGAUAGGAAAAUGACAUUUAUCAUUAAUAGUGCUGAAAACGUUUGAAAUUCAUGUUGAAUCAGAUGAAAAGUACCUCUGAAUUUAAGAGCACUAACACUAAUAACUUUACAUUGUUAGCAAAGGAGUAUAUGUCAUUGUUAUGUAUAAACAGUGAUAAAGUCAAUUAGCCGAGGCUAAUUAAUUAUUUUCACCUACCUUACAGAUAGAAAUUUGCAUUCAGAUUCUUCUUUGGCCAACUUUAAACAAGACUAAAACAAAAUGCCUCCCCUGGUGGAGAUCAACAUAAUGAUAUAGUUUCAUCUAGAACUCUAGAACAAAUUUGAUUUCAUGACAGCAUGUCAUAUAUCUUCAGCCUACAGAAACAUUUUAGUGGAUCACAUAACUGUACCAAAAAAAUAGUGGAUCCUAUAAUAUCUCUGUAAAGAAUAUGAUUGUUUUUGCCUUUGUAUAACUUGCUCAAUAAGGCAAAAAAUUCAACCCAGGUCCCUGCUCAUUAUUCUCAGCAUUGAAAACCCUAUAAGAACUUUUGGGAGGCUAUGGAUUCCAAGGCCCCAUAUAGAAAAAUAGGUAUGGUGGUUUUCUGCCUUGCUGCUAGACUUGUGAAAUUAAAAAUGUUUUUUAAGCCAUCAAAGGUUGAAAUUCCCCAUGGAAAGAAAAGAUAUGGUUCAUUCCCUUGACCUUUGAAGUAGAGAAUUAGUCCAUCCUACUAACUUUCUUUAUUCCCCAAAAAGUUAAGGCUAAAGUUACCAGAUGCCAAAUAUAUGCUGAUAUCCUGCAUCAUAAUUUUGGUUAAUUGACAAAUUACAUUAAGUUGGCAUUUAGAAUAGGCCAAAGAGUAGUGCCUUUUACUUGGAUGAAUUUUUGAUUAGUUGUGAUUAAGACUGUAUAAUAAUUUAAAAGAUUGCAGAUCAAACCUGCAAGACAAAAAGAAAUAAAAGAAAAAGAUGGAAUUUUGGAUUUGAUCUACUUCUUGAAGCAAGUAGAGGGUGGUUGUCCUUAUAAAAACUUGAUGCAGCCUCCUAUUUCGGAAUGGGUCAGUAAUAUAGAACUGGUGAAGUAAUUUCUGUUAAGAAUGGAGAAGUUUUUAACUUCCCUCAGAGGCUUCCAAUAUUCUAAGCCAUUGUUAACAUCAGAUGCAGGAAUGUUGGGAGUCUUCGAGGGAAAUUGAAGACUGACUCUUUGAGCUCGGUGAUGCUUCUGUUCUGAUGAGUGAUUAUUAAAAAAAUGCUUUUGCGUCUUUCUUGAUGGACUUGGAAGAACAAGCAUGCUCUUAACAUGUGCUUGCCUCUCCAGUCUCCGCUAAUUUUGUUGAACUCUUGUUUCUGAUAUAUGCAAAUAUAUGCAUAGCAUGUAUGAACUAAGGUCCAAAAUUUUUUAGUUCAGGAUUGGAGCUACUGGAUGAGGUAUGCUUGCUAUUUGUUGUAUUUUUUUUAUAUGGUUAAUAACAUAUUUUAGACUUGGAUGUGCAUUUUCUAUGAGUAAACUUGUAUGAUCUUGGUGCCUUUUUUAUAUACGUUUGUUAAGCCAUGAAUGCUACAGUUAUUUCAUCUUCCCACUGAAGGGUAAAAAUUAUGUUUUCAGAGAAUGUGACAAGUCCAGUAUGUUUAUCAGAACAAAUCUUUUGAGAUAGCAAUGGCUCGCACCAAGGCAGAGAGCAUUUGGCCCAAGCUAUAUCUUUGAUGGCCUGGAAAAGAGAAAGAGACAAUCUUUUUAGUUUAUGAUCUGUCUACAGCAUUAUUGUAGAGCUAUGACAUUAUCAUCUGGAAGACAAAUUAUUUAUAUUGUUCAGUGUCUUGCUAGACUCAAUAACAUGAGAUGGAUGGUGGGAAUAUUAAUCACCAGGUUCUAUGAACAAGUUGUAAACUCAUGUUCUCAUCUGCCAAUUAGGUAUGCUUUUCAAGAAUUAUUUCUCCUUUUUAUACUUUUACAACAAAAAAUACAUGUAGUCAAUUUUUAAUUGCAAUCACAAACAAUUUUCGACUUGAAAAUUAUAUCUACCAAGUAUUUUUUCUGUAAGAAAGCUUGUAAAUUGUAAUGUCUGACAUUAGAAUUGUUUCCCUUCACUUUGUAGAUUUAAUGUGCGGUAAAUCCUCUCAAUAUUUUAACUCUGUAUCAUUGUUUGGUUGAAGAUCUUGAAAGUGAAACUGUGCAUAAGAAAGGGAUUGAGCUUAUCUCCAAAAUGCCACCCUAAACUAGUUUGAAUCAACUGAUAAUCAAUCCUCAAUAAUAAUGCAUUUAUCAAAGGAUUUCUCUUCAUUGUCACUGUCUGUGUAUCAUCUAUUCAUGCAGAAAUGUCUUGUCACUGGCAAUUGGUUCCAAGAGACCAUUGUUGCUUCUACCUUGUAGAUUUGUUUUACAAUGAGAUUUUUAUUCUCAAUGUACAGUUGCUAAACAUGAGAUGAUUGUAGUUUGCAGCAACCUUGGGAUGAUUAUUGCAAGUUGAUUACUGCCAGUAACUAACAAACUGUUGCUGCUGUCUGCAGAGGGUUUCUGGGUGCUUUAAAUAGCAUGUCGUGUAUAGUUUGCACAUGUACUAAUGGCUUCUCUCUCUGUGUCUCUAGUAAUAGUAGCAUGCAGGUGAUAAGAUAAUCACAUCCAUUGAUUGGUUUCAGUGACCAUGCUACACUGCUGGCGGUGAUGAAAUGUAUUCUUCCUUCAUCUUUUCCUUUUCCUCUCAGGGCAAGUUUUUGCUGUAAAAGUUAUGCCUGUCAAUCUAAGGUACUCGUUCUGAUUUUGUGAUGUAUGAAUUGUUUUGAAGUAAGAAAAGAAAUCUAAAAGUGUAAAAUUUCCAAUUUGGAAAUGCUUUUCCAUGUCCAUACGUAUCUCAAACAAGGCAAAUUUUAGGUGCUGAAUGUGUUCACUCAAGCUUAACUGAGAGAAGUUGGAAAUGAGGAAAAUUGGAGUAUAGCCAAAAUCUCAGGGCUGAGAACUGUCAAAACCUCCUGGAAAGUGGAAAUGAUGGAGUAUAUGACAGUUUAAAGCCUUGGGAAAUGGGAAAUAAUGUUGCAUAAUUUAGUGAAGUUCGAGUGAGUAUACGUCGAACUGCUUUUAGUUGCAAGAGCUUGCCAGUAUUUUAUCGCUAAUACUAAAGCAAUAUACUGAAAGUUUGGCUUCGUUGCUGUUGUGGUCUGAAAAGUGGAGAUACAGUACGAAG